AAAAACAAGUAAUUAAAUCAGUAUUUCAAAGGACUAAUGUCCUACUUUCUCUGAAAGCUAUACAAUUAAUCAUAUCAAAUUAAAUAAUACUUUUUUUGAAUAGUAAAUAUUGUAAUAAACAAACUCUACUUGUAGUACAACAUAACUAACUUAACAGGCGGCACUGCAAAUACGAAGAGAGGAAAGAGUACAAUGAACGAACCUGCAUCAACAUUUUACACAAUUGGCAUGUUGUAAAGCAUUUUCUUUGUAUAAAAUACUCUUUUCAAAAUAACUCCACGAGAGUACGUUGUACUUUUGUUUGAGAUGGAAUACGUAAAUAUGCAUACAUAUGUAUGUACGUACGUCUGUGCAUAUACACGCACAUCGUUUGUAUAGUUUGGUGGCUUUGAACUUCAGAGAUAGUUUAUUUAUAUAUACUAUACGCAUAUGUAUGUAUAUAGUGAAUUAACAAAUAGGUAUUUAUUCUUUUUCAUAUGUUCCUGGAGAGUAAAUAUGCUAAUAUGCAGUUCUGGAUAGAGAAGAUAAUUAUUUAUAAAAUUAUGUAAACGCGCAGUUCAGUAAAAAAUUUAAAAGGAGAAGAAAAUUUGUUGAGAACUUACCAGAGAGAUGCCAAGCAAUUUUGAAGUAGUAGAGAUGUUGGAUACAACAAUGUAAUUCGUUAAUAUUAAUUUUCUUUUUCUAUUAUCCCAGCAAAAUAUUUUCUUACUCUAAGAGCUUGGUUUUUGUAAUGUUCCAUCUAAUAUAUGCAAAUUCAUACCUACAUAUGUAUGUAUGUAUACUCACCAACAAAUAUAAUUUUGUUUCCAAUGCAUUAUACGGUGUCAUCCAUCUACUAUAUUUAAGGAUAUACUCAUUUAUUUUGUAUUUUUUUGGGAAGAGUGAGUAAAACCAAAUAAAUAAUUUAUUUCCAACAUGAACAUAAACUUAUCGUAAAAUUUAGACGCUUACAAAUACACAUACAUAUAUGUAGAUAAAUUGCAAAAGCUUGAACAAUAUACAUACAUAUUUAUUAAAAUACAAAAUACGAAUGAUCAUUUAUGAGAAAAAUUUCAAAAAUGUUUAGCAAUAUGGAAAUCUCUCAUCCUCGAAGUAUACGUUGUAUGUAUACUACAAAUGACACGAGACAAAAUACUCAUAUAUCCUUUAUUCUGCAUCGAGUGAGACUUUUAUUCACACAUUGUUGCCUAUGAAUAGUAGUUAUUGAUGUACAUACAUAUGCACAUAGGUUUGUAUCGUGUACGUAUAUGUAAAUAUAUAAAAAUAAACAUUUGAAACACGUACACAUUAAUGAGAAUAAGUAUGUAUGUGUUCACUCUCUCACUAUUGCUUCUCUCUGUACUCCGCAGAAGUGCGAAGAUCACUCGCUGAAUGGCUAAAUUGGAAAAUACAUAUAAAUAUCAGUCUAUGCUUUGUGUUUAAGUUGUUUAAGUUAAUAACCUCAGUCUUCCCCCGUACAAGUCAUAGGCUUCCGACAUUAUUAUCUUUCUGCAUAUAACCGCUUAAGCAAAAUAAAUAAUACGAGACGGAUAUUUCAAGAGCACACAAGAGUAUAUCAGGGUCGCUUUUUACGCUCACAAAUAUAAGCGCACUCUACAUGAAUAGGCAUAUAAUCAUCAGGGUCGCCACUUUUAACUCUGCUCCAACAUUACUCUACGGUGAUGCCAACUAAAAGCAAUUCGAACCCAACCGUGGCGAACAAGAUCCAACAUCAGCACUGCUUUUCCUUUCAUUGACAUACAGCGCUUCAUGAUGAACGGGUCGUGGAUUAAGUGCGGUCGUGUUGUGGUGUUAUUUUAAACGCGCUAUUUUUGAAAUCUCAACAUAAUUGCCGUUUGUGUUUGACUGAUUUGCUUUUUGUGGUAGAAUAAUAAAAUAUAUAAAAUAUAAAAAAAAAAUGUCGUUAUUCUAUAAAUAGUGUGACCCGACCCAAAUAAAGUGUUACUAUCCAGACAAAUUAUGUAGUUUCACCUAAAAUUUGGUAAAGUAAUUUUUAAAUUGUGAGAAUUUCAAGUUAAAAGAAGUAGAAUCUACAAAAACGAAACUGUGUUUAACGUAAUACAUAAUGAAAAUGGUUAUGUCAGCUGACAGUUCUGACUGUCAUAUUAGUGGUGAAAGUGCAAGUGCGCGUUUAUUGUUAUCCCCAUCGUCAUCUUUUGGAGAUAAAAGCGAAUGUCAACUAAUGUUCAAUACUGAAAGUGAAUAUGAACGAUCAUCAGUUGUUCCAUUGUCGCUUGUUGGAAAUUCACAGACAAACUCAAAAAAUCAAUCACAGUACCAUUCGUUCACACAAAAUGAAAUUCUAUCCACAGUACCACAAACUUCUCCAGCAUCUUGUUCUACUCUGACUUCUCAAAUUUUAGUUGGGCGGUCACAUUUAGAAAAUGCUUUGAACCUACCACUGAACACAAGUGCAUCAACUUAUUAUCAGCAAAGAAAAGUGUCACCUAACUCUUCUACUGAUGUUUCUUGGGGAAGUUCUCUUACAGAGCAUCCUAACAACCCCAUUAUUAACAAUUUGGAUGGAAAACCGCCGUUUUCUACGAAAGUUUCGUGUAUUAGAUCAUAUUCAUCACGCAUUCCUGCCAGCAAAAAUGUACUAAUUACUCCAUUAAAUAAUGGAAUGAUUUCGACUACUCAGUGUCCUUCGACUAUACCAACCACAGACUUGGAUAAUGGACGUUUCUCUCCACUAUUUUGCACCUCGUCACAUCCAUCAUCUUCUCCCUCAAGUGUUUGCCAAGAUCCUCACAAUAAUGUUGUAUAUAUAAAUAAAACAACUUGCAACAUUAAUAAGAACACAGUGGUGGUUCAAAGUUUACAUGAUAAUCAGCGAAGUAGCAUUCAUGAUUCGUGUAUUCCGCCAAAUAAUGUAAACUUUAAUAAUUUUGUUGCAAGUGUAACUGAUCUGACAAGUUCCAAUGUACAUGUUGACAAUUACACACAAAACUCUUCAUAUCGAAAUCGUAAUGAAGAUGUAUAUCAGCAUAAUAUAUCUGGUACUAACAAUGCCAGUGUUGCACCAUCAGAUUCUCGUCCGCAGACCCCAGAAUACAUAAAAUCUUACCCUGUGAUGGAUACAACGGUAGCAAGUUCGGCGAAAGGAGAACCGGAGUUGAAUAUCGAAUUUGAUGGCACAACAGUACUAUGUCGCGUCUGUGGAGAUAAAGCGUCUGGUUUUCAUUACGGUGUUCAUUCCUGUGAAGGUUGUAAGGGUUUUUUUCGGCGGUCUAUUCAGCAAAAAAUUCAGUACCGUCCGUGUACUAAAAAUCAGCAAUGUAGCAUUUUAAGAAUUAACCGUAAUCGCUGUCAAUAUUGUCGGUUAAAAAAAUGCAUUGCAGUGGGAAUGAGCCGUGAUGCGGUUCGUUUUGGUCGAGUCCCAAAACGUGAGAAAGCGAGAAUAUUAGCUGCUAUGCAGCAAAGUACACAGAAUCGUGGUCAACAACGUGCGCUUGCAGGAGAAUUAGAUGAUCAACCAAGACUUAUAGCUGCUGUGCUUCGAGCUCAUUUAGAAACUUGUGAGUUUACAAAAGAAAAAGUUUCUGCAAUGCGUCAAAGAGCAAGAGAUUGUCCAUCAUAUUCUAUGCCAACUCUAUUGGCUUGCCCUCUGAAUCCUGCCCCUGAGUUACAAUCAGAGCAAGAGUUUUCCCAACGAUUUGCCCAUGUCAUACGAGGUGUUAUAGACUUUGCCGGUAUGAUACCUGGUUUUCAACUGCUUACACAAGACGACAAAUUUACUUUGCUAAAAGCAGGCCUUUUUGAUGCGCUGUUUGUGCGUUUGAUUUGCAUGUUUGAUUCCUCUAUCAAUAGUAUUAUAUGCUUGAAUGGGCAAGUGAUGCGUCGCGAUGCAAUACAGAAUGGAGCAAAUGCACGUUUUUUAGUGGAUUCAACAUUUAACUUUGCUGAGCGAAUGAAUUCAAUGAAUUUAUCGGAUGCAGAAAUUGGACUGUUUUGUGCCAUUGUUCUUAUCACACCAGACCGGCCAGGCUUACGAAACAUCGAAUUGAUCGAAAAGAUGUACAGCCGAUUAAAAGGUUGUUUGCAAAAAGUGAUUAAUCAGAAUCGUUCUGACCAACCGGAUUUCAUGUCCAAAUUGUUGGACACCAUGCCCGAUUUGCGAACUCUUAGCACUCUUCAUACAGAGAAAUUGGUAGUGUUUCGUACAGAACAUAAAGAACUAUUACGACAACAAAUGUGGACAAUGGAUGAUGAGCAAUCAACGAAUGUUAAGAGUCCUGUAAUCAACUGGGAUGAUCCUCGUAUGGACGUCGAAGCCAAAAGUCCUCUUGGUUCAGUAUCAAGUACUGAAUCAGUAGAUUUAGAAUACACCACCACCUCCACCAAAUCAGCGCCACAGCAUCGCAUUAAUAAUAUGGAACCUCAACCAUCAGCACUAGCUUCGUCAACUCCUUUGUUAGCUGCAACACUAUCAGGUCCAUGUCCAUUACGUAACAGAGCCAAUUCUGGCUCAUCCGGCGAUUCUACCACUGAAAUUGAUAUUAUGGGCUCCCACGCACACCUUACCCAGAAUGGAUUAACAAUCACUCCAAUUGUUCGCUCACAUUCCCACCAGCAGUUGCAUCAUCAUUUGACCUCUGUCGCACCAAACAGAUAUCGAAAAUUAGAUUCACCAACUGAUUCAGGUAUCGAAUCGGGUAAUGAAAAGAAUGAUUGUGUUAUUAAAGCAGUGAGUUCUGGGGGCAGCUCCUCUUGUUCCAGCCCACGUUCUAGUGUAGAUGACGCACUCGAUUGUACAGAUACCACUGCAGCAAGCACCAGUCAAGUUACAUUAUCUGUUUCUCCCGUUCGUUCGCCUAAACUUAUCGCUCCAACAUCCACCUCAUCUUUAACUGGAUUAGCUAGUACGCCAAAUUCCCUCAAACGUCAAAUUGUCGAAGAUAUGCCAGUAUUGAAGCGCGUAUUAGAAGCACCGCCACUUUACGAUACCAAUUCACUAAUGGAUGAAGCUUACAAGCCACAUAAAAAAUUUCGAGCAUUGCGUCAUCGUGAAAUCGAAACUGCAGAGGCAGAUCCUAGUUCCACAUCUAAUAAUUCUAUGAGCACAGAAAAAAUAAUCACACCGAAAGCAGAUGCAAAUAACACGGUACAAAGUUCGCAAGUAGUAACAGCCACAAAUAGUCCACCGCCAUUUAUUCAAUCAACGAAUGCAGCUUCUACUCCAUUUGUUACUUCCCAUUGCACAGUAACAACAGCUUCAUCUCCACAUUCCCACGCUUUAACAGGAAGUACUUUAAACAUCCAUCAGCAAAGUCAGCUACAUAUGCACUUGACACGUCAAACGACUUUGAAUCAUAGUACUAAUAGUAAUGGUAACCAAAAUCAUAGUGGUAAUGUACAGCAACAACAACAAUCUUCUUUAUCUAGUACACAUUCAGUGCUUGCCAAAUCUCUUAUGGCUGAGCCGCGCAUGACUCCUGAACAAAUAAAAAGAUCUGAUAUCAUUCAAAACUAUAUUAUGCGCGACCAAGCAUCGUGUUCUGCCGGUUCAAUAAUUCCUGGCACUCCAACCCAUACCACAACACGUAGCCCAGCACCAGUCCAGCAUUUAUCUCCAAUGAACCAGACUUCCCACCAUUAUACAUCUAUUGCUUCUCCAUCUUCUGGUAAUUCUCAAACCUGCUCAAGCACCAUCUGCAGUUCAACUUCUACUACAACAAUAACAUUAACUUCGCCACCAAACGCUAUUAACCCAACUGUUUCACGAUGGCACGGUCAUUCCGUUAUAACGACAACAAGUAUCAACCACCGCCAGCAAUCUGUUUCACCAAGCAGUAAUGGAUCGUCUUCAUCAUCAUCUUCGUUAAAUGGUUGUCAAUAUUUCCAAUCUCCACACUCUACAUCUGCUGCAGUUUCUCCACCUCGCCCAUCGCCAUCAACUCUUCACUCACCCCCACGCUUACUAGAAUUGCAAGUGGACAUUUCAGACUCACAACAACCAUUGAAUUUGUCUAAAAAGUCACCAACACCACCUCCAAAUAAGUUGCAAACAUUAGUAGCGGCAGCAACUGCGGUACAAAAAUAUCCUACCGUUUCUGCCGAUGUAACUGUUACGAGUGCUAAAACUGAAAGCCCGCAAACCGUAACCACUGUGCCAGCAAAUAGUACGCAGCAAGUGCAGGUCAUGCUGGAAGCGUAAGCUUGACAUACAUGUGAGUUAGUGAAUAAGUUCGCUAUGUACUUUUAUGUAGAGAGUGCAUAUAUAAAAAGUGGGAGUGUAUCAGUAUCAAAGAUAUUUUGAGAUUAUUCGAAAGAAAAAAUAAAAUAUGCAUGGUAAUAUAUUGAGAGGAAAAUUCGGAUUUGUACCAAAACCUAAUAUUAAAAUAAAUUUAAUGCAUAGGUAUGAAAGUACGUGCACGUGAAAAAUUAAUAAGAUUAGGUAACAAAAAGAGAGAGACUGAAUACUGAUGUACAUAUAUAUAAAAAUAUGAAAUAUUUUAGAGUAUUGAUUCAAGAUGGAUAUGAUACAUAACAAGAAUGAAAUAAACCAGAAAACACAAAUAUAUACGUACAUAAAUAUAGAUGCAUAAAGAUACAUAUAUAUAUUUUCCUUAAAAAGUUGAUUGUAGCGAAAAUCGAUAAAUAUUUAUUAAUAUAAAUUGUGUGUUAUUGUGAAAAAGAACUGCAUAUGUAUCGAGCGAAGAUGUAUUUUAGAAGAGCUGUAAAAAAUUGUGACAUCAAGGAGUAAUGUGUAACAAAUAUAUUAUAGGGAGAGCGGCCAUUUGCGUUCAGUUUUCCGACUGUUUUUUUCAAAGAAAAUUUACAUUUAUGUUAUUGUUAUAAAUUUUCGUUGAACAACAAAAAUUAAAAGAUGUUUAUUAUUUAACUAUGUAUUUAACAUAUUUUGUGCGAAAUAAUUAUGAUUUUUUGUCAAAAAGUUAUGUAUUGUAACAUGGUAAACGAUUGGUAUUGAUAAUAUUGAUAAUAAUGAUGGCAAAUCCUUAAAUCCUAACGACUGUAUCUUUGAAGCACACAAAAUAAACUGUACAAAAUACAUGCAAUAUA